AUGUCUUCCACAGCGACCGCCAACGUCCGUCUCGACAAUGCCGUCGUCACCGGCAAUGCUCCAGCACCCCUCCCCGUUUUCUCCCAGGCCAUCAAAUCAAAGAACUUGAUCCAUGUGUCUGGAAACGUCGGCAUGGAUCCCUCCACCCAGGAGCUAGUGCCUGGUGGUGUCAAGGCCCAAACGGCUCAAAUCCUGAAGAAUCUCCAAGCUGUCCUCGAGGCAGCGGGAUCCGGGAUUGGAAAAGUGGUCAAAGUCAACGUCUAUAUCACCGACAUGCGAAACUUCGCCGAGAUGAAUGAAGCCUACCUUGGGUUUUUCCAGGAUCCCCAGCCCGUGAGUCUCCCGUAA